AGUGGUUUAGACAGUUACAGCACCGUUCAGUUAAGUAUUGGAGCGAGCAUCAUGGACCAGAGUGGUAUUACCCCUAAUACAUCAAAUCAGCAGCUGGUGAUAAAUGGGGAUAAUGAAUCUGCUACAGCGCUGCUUCACGAAAAGCAGACGAGGAGACGAGAUAAUCUGAGGGAUGUCACAUUCAUCGAAUACAUGACAGUUGGAGUGCUAUGUUUUGUCAACCUCAUCAACUAUAUGGACAGAUUCACCCUGGCUGGAGUCUUAGGAGAUGUCAAAAAGGAGUUUGAUAUCGGCGAUGACAAAGCUGGACUUCUGCAGACAGUGUUUGUCAUCGCCUACAUGAUAUUUGCGCCCAUUUUUGGCUACCUGGGCGAUCGCUACUCGAGACGGUCUAUAAUGGCCUUUGGUGUGGCGCUCUGGUGUAUAACUACUUUCGUAGGAUCAUUUAUAACCAAUUUUAGCAUGUUCGCGUUCUUUAGAGGGCUGGUCGGCAUCGGAGAGGCAUCAUAUUCGACCAUUGCUCCCACAAUUAUUAGUGACCUCUUCGUCGGCAACGUUCGAUCGAAAAUGCUUGCGUUCUUCUAUUUCGCCAUACCCGUCGGAAGCGGUUUCGGCUACAUUGUGGGGUCGGUGGCGGGCGCAGCAGCGGGGAACUGGCGAUGGGGGUUGCGUGUAACCCCUUUUCUAGGGGUUGUGGCCGUAGCGCUCAUCCUGUGGGCUAUGGAAAACCCCGAACGUGGUCAGGCUGAAGAGAGCCGAAUGAAACCCACAUCUUAUACGGAUGAUUUGAAAUCGCUCGUGAAGAAUCCGUCGUUUAUGUUGUCGACGCUCGCGUUCACGUGCGUGGCGUUUGUGACGGGCGCGCUCGCGUGGUGGGGGCCGCAGUUCAUCUACCUCGGGCUCACUCUGCAGCCCGGAGUCGACAUCACCAUCGAGAGGGUGUCGUUGGUGUUCGGCGCGCUGACGAUGGCGUCGGGGCUGGUGGGCGUGCCGCUGGGCGCGUGGCUGGGCGCGGCGCUGGUGCGGCGCUGCGGGCGCGCGCACGCGCUGCUGUGCGGCGCCGGCCUGCUGCUGUCCGCGCCCGCCAUGGCCGCCGCCAUGCUGCUCGCCGACCACUGCUUCUACGCGCCCUUCGCGCUCAUGUUCGUUGGCGAGCUCGCUUUGAAUCUCAACUGGGCUAUCGUAGCCGAUAUGUCGCUGUAUGUGGUUAUCCCACCUAGAAGAUCGACUGCAGAGGCGUUCCAGAUAUUAAUAUCACACAUGUUCGGAGAUGCCGGAAGUCCUUAUUUAGUUGGUGUGAUAUCAGAAAAUUUGAAGAGAUCCUUGUCACCAUUACCUUCUGAAGUACCCACUAAAUACGUGCAAUUUAAAGCGCUCCAAUAUGCUCUGUUUGUAACCUGUUUUGUAGAGGUUAUCGGUGGAAUAUUCUUCUUAGUGACUGCUAUUUACAUUGUCAGGGAUAAACAAAAAGUCGAUAAUGCUAUCGCAGCAGCAGAAGCUCAAAGUGCUGAACCGUCUCACAGUAACGCCCAAGAAGAAGUAAAUGAGGAUGAGUAGGACAAAUAUAACUUAAUCGCUUGUCAGUCACAUUACCUACAACAUAGAUCUGUGAGAAUUGUUAACUCACUUCGACAUUUACUUUGAUUACAUCAAUGAAAUACGAAUAGUCGUAUGUAAGUACACUAUACCUCAUACUAUAAAAUAUCUUAUAAUUAUUUGAUCGAAAUAUUGUAAAGACUGAUUCGUAAAUGCACAGCACUUGAUCAAAAAGAUGGAUUACAAUGGAGUGAGAUAGUUUAGAUAAUAGUUAAGGUUAUGGAAACUAGGCAUCACAUUACCUACUGGUUAGGAUUAAGACAAUGUGCCUAAAAUUAUUUUUCAACUUUAUUUCGAUUCCUAUAAAAUUAUUAUCAUUAAUUUAUUAUACCAAAAUAAACUUACUGACCUGUAUGUAUGUAACAGAAUUUUCAUUACAAUAAAUAUAAUAGUAUUUAUUUAAAGAAAUUUAAUGUGAAAUGGUAAUAAUUAUGUAAAUGGCAAGGGAGUUAGUAUUUAAUUACCUCAAGCACUUGUUACACAAGAAAUAGAUACAAAGUUUUUAUUUAUUCUGUUCAUUUCUAAAGUAAUUAAUUUAUAAUUAUUAUUUAUAAAUCAUAAUGAGUGGAAAGCUACUUAAGUAUUGUAUUUGGAGUAACCUGAUGUAAAGAUAUAUUCAUACAGUUUAACACGCUAGCCUUAUAGUACAUUAGUAGACAUUAUAAUGUAAUGUUCAUCAUAGUAAGAGUAUUAUAAAAUAUUUUCAGAUUUAUAGUCUCCAUUAUGUCAAUUAAAUAUUUAUAUUUUAUUUGCAAGUUAAACUGUAUAGAAUAUCAAUAAAGACUGAAUUGUUUGUUUAAAAAUUCCUAAUAAUAAUAGAGAAUUGUUUGUAAAUAUU